AUGGCCACCCUGCUCGCCACCAUAUCGGGUCACGCGCCCCAAAAGCGUAAACUAUCCACACCAAUCGACAAAGCCGCCAAGAAGCCGCGGCCACACAGCGACGCGCCGCCGCGACCCCAGUCGACGCCGCUCGGCAAGCCGCACGCCGCCGUCCUCGAAGAACUCGCCGCCAAGUACGACGUGCUGCCCGCGUCCGUCAUCUCGUCGACGCCGAUCCGCAAGCGCGUGGCGCGCGCGACGACGCACCUCCUCGGCGACGACGACGGCCGCGGGCCGCGCGUGGUGCUGCUGCACGCGCGCCCGGCGGAGACCUGCAAGAUGCUGACGGUGGCGGAGAUGUGCAAGCGGCUGCUGGAGAAGGAGGGCGGGGCGGCGGCGUGGUACCAGUACAACCAGCUGUUUGACCUCUCCCUGGGGGACGCUGAGCGAGCGAGGAAGAGGAGGGGGAGGAAACAGGUGGUGGAGGAGACGGUGCUGCACGUGGACGAAGAGGAUGGGGAGGAAGAUGAGGAAGAUGACGAGUUUGAGACGAUGCAGUCGCGGUUUGAGAGGGCGGUGCUGCCGCCGGCGCCGGACAGGACGACCAAGUCGCUGCGGAUAUUCCUGUCGAGGGUGCCCAUCCCGGAGCUCAAGGGUAGAGACGGCGUGACGGUGCAGACGAGUGGGAAGUGA